AUGGAAUAUUCUUUAGUAGAGGAUGAUCUAACAAUAACAAUAGAUGUCGUGGAAGAAGCUAUGGUGGAAGACACUAGUAACCGAUAUGACAUUUGGUUGAUUGAUAAUGGAACAACAAAUCACAUCACCUUUAAUCUCGUUCAAAAUAACUACGCCCCUUCAAAACAGGAGAUUCUUUAUCAUCCACACACACGGUCCAACAAAACUGGGACUGAAAUACGGAAGGAAGUGAGGAGUUUUUGCUCUUCUCUCAGACCCUUUGAUCUUUAUUUUCUCCUCUGGCUGGACAAGAAAUUGGGAAGAAAGAUGGAAAUGAUGGCAUACCAGUUUUCCCGGUUACCUUACUCGGAUUCCCUCAAACUGCUGGAGGCUGAUAUACAACAUGCAAAUGCUUUUGUUGUGCACCCUCUGAAAUUCAGUACUGGAUCUGUCCUCUCUAGGGCUGCUGAAAUUCCCAGAGCCAAGGGGGGACUCUUCUCCAAAUGA